ACGUAUGCAGUACAGGGUAGCAACAGUUGCUUCGAGACCCCGCGCGCCAUAGUGACUGUAGCCGUGGAGACAGUUACUUACCAACCGGCGCAACACUCAGCAGCAACUGGAACACAACGAGCAAGUGAUUUGAGUGGAAAGAGAACACAGCCAGGGCAGAACUUAUACAAAGCAAAGGUUCCCAGCAUGCAGAGUUCAGAGGGAGGGUCCGAUUCGUCGUCCAGUGUGGCGCUGCGUACGUCCACCUCCGCCCAGGCCCCCGUGGUGCAGCCUGUCCCAGCCUCACAACAGAGGGUGCUGGUUCAGGCCACAGGCUCAGCCCAGAAGGGAGUGCAGGUGCAGCAGCUGUCAGUCCCCCGGCUGCAACAGGUCCCUCAGCAGGUCCAGCAGAUCCAUCAUGUCUACCCCUCCCAGGUUCAAUAUGUGGGAGAGGGGGGAGAAGCAGUUUACACUAAUGGAACCAUCCGGACAGCCUACUCCUAUAACCCUGAGGCCCAGCUGUAUGGCCAGGGCAGUGGAGGAGCCUAUUUUGACUCUCAGGGCGGGGGUUCCCAGGUCACGACUGUGGUCUCCUCCGCCAGUGGUGUGCCGCCCCACGGCAUGGUGGGCAUCACCAUGGAUGUGGGCGGCAGUCAGAUCAUCUCAGGUGGCAGCACCUACCUGAUCCACGGCGGGGGCAUGGAGGGAGGCCGCCACCACGCCUCACACUCCUCCCGCUCCUCCUCUGCUAUGCUGCAGUGGUUGCUGGAUAACUAUGAGACAGCAGAGGGGGUGAGCCUGCCCCGGAGCUCCCUCUACAACCACUACCUGCGCCACUGUCAGGAGCAGAAACUGGACCCGGUCAACGCUGCCUCCUUUGGGAAACUCAUCCGCUCCGUCUUCAUGGGCCUCAGGACCCGCCGCCUCGGCACAAGAGGCAACUCCAAAUACCACUACUAUGGCAUUAGACUGAAGCCAGACUCCCCACUCAACAGACUGCAAGAGGACUCUCAGUACAUGGCCAUGAGACAGCAGCCUGUGCACCAGAAACAAAGGUUCAAGCCCCUCCAGAAGGUGGAUGGCAUGGGGGACAGCCUGUCAGGAGGCUCCCAGCAUUCAGCCAGCACCCCAGAGCAGUCUGUGGCAGCCCAGAGCCAGCACCACCAGCAGUACAUUGAUGUGUCCCAUGUCCUGCCCCCGUUCCCCAUCCCUGACCUGGGCACCCAGCCCCUCCCUGAACGCAUCAAUAUGAACGACGUGAAGAAGUUGCAGAACCUGUACAGGGACCACUGUGAGGCUACUCUGGACGUGGUGAUGAACCUCCAGUUCCACUACAUUGAGAAGCUGUGGCAGACCUUCUGGUUUUCAACAGCGCCAUCUAGUGACGGAACCACCACCAUCCCCAACAGUGAUGAGGAUAUGGAGGGGGUGAUCCCCAGGCAGAAGCUGAUUGCUCUGUGCAAGUAUGAGCCUGUCAAGCUGUGGAUGAGGAGCUGUGACCACAUCUUGUACCAGGCCUUGGUGGAGAUCCUCAUCCCUGACGUGCUGCGCCCUGUCCCCAGCACUCUCACUCAGGCCAUCCGCAACUUUGCCAAGAGUCUGGAGGGCUGGCUGACCACAGCUAUGAGUGACUUUCCCAAUGAGAUUGUCCGCACCAAGGCAGCGGUGGUGAGUGCGUUUGCCCAGACCCUGCGUCGGUACACCUCUCUGAACCACCUGGCCCAGGCGGCCCGCGCUGUGCUGCAGAACACCUCUCAGAUUAACCAGAUGCUCAGCGACCUCAAUCGUGUCGACUUCGCCAACGUACAGGAGCAGGCGUCGUGGGUGUGUCAGUGUGACGAGAGCGUUGUCCAGCGGCUGGAGCAGGACUUCAAGGUGACCCUGCAGCAGCAGAGCUCUCUGGACCAGUGGGCCGCCUGGCUCGACAACGUGGUCAACCAGGUCCUUAAGCCCCACGAAGGUAGCCCCAGCUUUCCCAGGGCCGCACGACAGUUCCUGCUCAAGUGGUCCUUCUACAGCUCCAUGGUAAUCAGGGACCUGACCCUGCGUAGUGCUGCUAGUUUCGGCUCCUUCCACCUCAUCAGACUGCUCUACGAUGAGUACAUGUUCUACCUGGUGGAGCACCGCGUCGCCCAGGCAACCGGAGAGACGCCCAUCGCUGUUAUGGGAGAGUUCAGUGACCUUAACUCGAUGAUGCUCAUGGACAAAGACCCGUCCUUCUCAGAUGACAUGAGUGACAUAGGCAGUGACGAGGGCCGAGGGCCCAACGAGCCGGCUGUGAAAAGAGAGAGGAUCGAAAUCAACCACUCGCUGCAGGAAAUCUGAGACCGGAUGAGGUGAGGGCCAUAGCCCACUACUCCAGGAGGUCUGCUGCCGCCCUGGGCCCUUCUGGUCCUGUCAGCACACUGCGAGUGGCUACACAGCCAGUGUGUUCAGUGUAUAUAGAGAAGAGUACUAGGCUCAGCCCCUACCCUACCACACCUCCUAGUUAGUGUAGUUAAAGGGGGUGGUCUUUAUCCCAGGGAAAACAAUGUAUGCUCACCAAGGGGGGCUGGUUUGACCUGACAGGGGUAUACAGUUCUAAUUUCUCUCCGUUCACUUGUUCCCGUUUUGCAACUGUGAUUCAGGAUGACUUUGUGCAGUACUGAUGUUGGAUACGUGUAACUUUGAAUGAGUGGUGUGUGUAUCUUAUCCUUUAUUAGCUGUGUAAUUCCAGUGCCUUAGAUAACUCUUUAACCACCACUACUACAGAUGUCUAUCUCCUCCCUCAGCUGUGCCUCUACCGCAGUAUGAAUGUAUUGUUUCAGAACCUCAGACAUUCUAAAGCACCUUUAAACCUGUAGGAGUACGCUAUACAUGUUGCCUCUGUUGCUACUGGCAGCUCAACCCACAUUGAUGCAACCCACUGACGCAAAGGACUUGUCCCUCUCCCACCAGCGCGGCCACUCUUGGGUAUGUCAGUAGGCCCCUAGUCUCAUAGUUGAUUGGAAGGCAGGGACCUCUUAACACCCUGGCCAUAUGAGAUGAUUAGUUACCUCUUCCUUUUCUAUGCUCUGUUCUGUUCUUAUGAGGCAACUAUAUAAAAGAGAGCCACUUACUGUUAAUUCUACCAACUCCCCCUUACUCAAGUAACCUUUUCCAUGUAUAUAUCACUUUUCAUUCAAAUGAUAACGAUUCUAUAAUGCCGUUUGGCAGAAACUCAAUUUCAGGAUGCACACAAGUCUCAUUGAUCCAUGACUGUAGAACUUCAGGGUGUUUCUAGAUGUCACGCCCCAGAGUCUAGGACAAGCCAGUUGCCUCUUAUGUUGAUGAGACAUUUAGAUAUGUUUUAAAGACUGAAAGGAGUGUGGUGGAAUGUGUUCAAGAAACCACCAGAUUGUACAUAUAUGCUGAUCUACCUUCUUGGUUAACUGGAGGUGUCUGGCAUUCAUUUUGUGGAGCUUUAUGUCUGGGUGAAGUCAAAUUUCUUAAGGGAUGUAAAAUAGUAUGUAUUUAACAAAAACGUGAAUGAGCGUUGGACCCCCGAAGCCAAAACCCUUAAAAGGAAACUGUAGUUGCAUCUGUUCAGUUCAACUGAUGCUGUUUGAGUUCAGAUAGGCUCUCCCCUUACUGUUACUCAAAUGGACUCAUUCUAUAUUGAUUGGAAGGAAAUAUUCAGAAUCUCCCAAUCCAUGUUUAUUCAUUCAUAUUGCUUAAUAUGAAAAUGCUAACAGCUUUUGAGUCUGUUGCUCUGAGAUUUUAUUAUAUAGCUGUACAAUGAUACUGUAGGAGGGCUGAUUUGUGCAAAACCAACAAACUGUUAAACUUUAAAAUAUAACUUUCUUAAUAUGGUGUAAAAAAAAUCUGUGUUCAUCAAUGGCCUUUUGUAUCGCUUGGUCUUUCCCCAAUCAUUUAGCUCUCCCCAUUCUGCACUGUUUGUGUUUUUAUAGGGGGAUGUCCUCCUUGCUUUGAUUAUUUAGUGGCUGGGACUGAUGUGUGAGGCAAACGUUUGUCUUCUUUUGAUAAUUUGUGUCAUCUGGUCAACACAUCAAUAUUUAACAAACAACGUUGAUAUUUGGCGUGUAAAUGCCCUAUAAAUCGGCAGUCACUUGCCCAUAUUGAGAGAAUCCAUUUCUAUUUAUGAAAAAUUAUAGCUGGAGUCAAUCAGUAAUAUAGUGUGAUUGAAAUGUUUUUGCAUUCGCGGUAAACGGUGCAUAUGUCUGCUCAACCGGAAAUUACAACCGACAUGAGCGUUUUUCUCUAAACACUUUUGGUUGAGUUUCCCCUGUUCCCCCUCAGAUUUUGUAGUAGCUAUAAGAAUCCUGAGCUUGAGUUAUUGAAGGCUCUUUGUAACCCGUGCCUGUCACAGUACUUUGCCUUUAAGUGCGUUGGAAAGUAAUUUCUGUGUACUUUAUUUCUUGUAAAUCUGUUUUUGACUUGGCUGAGGAUAAUUUUUUUAUUGAACUAGAUCUGGUUCUUCUGUAUUUUGAACCCUUAUUUUUAUGUAUUUUUAAACCUGUUCUUGACUACACUUUACCUAGCCUGAGGGCAGACAAGUCUGUAACAAACUGCAUAGUUCAACUGUAUUUUGUACUGGUCAAUGUGUAAUAAAUUGGUAUUAUACCAUCUUUUUGGCCAAGCUUUUAUUUCUUAAAUAUCAAUGUCAUAUGAAACAUUUUCUAGCAUUUGUGUCCUGGCAAAUUAACUUAUUACUGUAACCACUCACAAUGAUUAAGUGUGAUUGCCUUUUAAUUUUCAAUGUUCAUCAUUCACUGUAAAUAUGUCGGAUCAAUUGGAAAUUACCUUUACAUUUCUAUCACAAUCUGUAACCCUUUAGCGGAUUGAAUAGAGCCCUCUGUCUAGACAUGGAAUAUUUUGGGGAAAAAAUGCAUGACAAGUAGUAUGUUUAUUCAGAAACAAUUUCUCUUCAAUAAAACCAACUUCUUACA